AUGCUAAAUCAGCACACAAGUUCAGUACCGGAUGACGAACAUCUGCAGAUGGCACACCAAAAUAGCAGUUCAGAAGUGAGAAAUGAGGCAGCGGUCCCAGAUCAACUUUUGACUCCUUUACAACCGUAUACCAUUUUAUUGAAAGAUGGAGAAACAAUAGCUACGAUGUAUCCUAUACCUGCGUAUCCUGAUUUAUUGCCGCUAGGGCUCUUAAAUUUCCUUCUAGAUGAAUUUAACAUGGAAGUGGAAAAGGGAGAUAGUUUUCCUUAUUACGAGACUUUAUCACUAGAAGAAUUCAAAAAUGUCUGGUUUCAUAAUGAUGGUCACGUUUGUAUUAUGGUGUUAGGCGAAAUACCAGAACUGGAUUAUAGUAUGGAUACUGAAGCGGACACAAAUGAUAAUUUUGGAACAGAAAUAGAAACCACGAAGCACACCACCCAAUAUAAGAAACGAAAAGAACGUCGCAAUUUAAAUCUAAGUAUGCAGUGGGAGAAGCAAUGUCUAGGCAUAUUUGACCUCAAACCAGCAUACCCUGGACGGUCAGCGCAUGUGGUCACAGGAACAUUUCUGGUCAAUGCUGGUAUUCGUGGAAAAGGUAUUGGGAAAACACUAAUGGAAACAUUCAUAGAAUGGUCAAAGAAAUUAGGAUUUACGUCCUCCUUUUUCCCGUUAAUUUACGGAACGAACGUAGGAAUCAGAAGAAUUUUGGAAGGAUUGAACUUUAGGCGGAUUGGAAAGCUGCCUGAAGCCGGGAUUCUCAAGGGCUUUGAUGUCCCAGUAGAUUCUUUCAUGUAUGGUAAAGAGUUCACACAUAUUACGAAAAGUAUAGAUUUGUUACGAGAUCCUCAAAAGAGUAUCGAAAUUGGGAAAUAUGAACGAUUAAAGCAUUUUCUGGAAACAGGCAAGUAUCCUUUACAUUGUGAUAGAAACGAAAAGGCUAGAUUAAGAGUACUUUCCAAAACUCAUUCGGUAUUGAAUGGCAAGUUGAUGACAAAAGGAAAAGAAAUCAUUUAUGACACGGAUCAACAAAUCCAGAUUGCAUUAGAGAUACAUUUAAUGGAACAUUUAGGCAUCAACAAGGUGACCUCCAAAAUUGGUGAAAAAUACCAUUGGAGAGGAAUCAAGAGUACUGUUUCGGAGGUAAUCUCUCGGUGCCAAAAAUGCAAGAUGAGGUACAAAGACGGGACAGGGGUAAUAAUUGAACAAAAGAGAGCAGUUAAGCAGGCGCAUAUGCUACCGACGCAGCAUAUAGAAACUAUCAACAAUCCAAGAAAAAGCAAGAAGCAUGAUAAUGCGUUAUUGGGACAGGCAAUAAAUUUCCCUCAAAAUAUUAUUUCCAGUACGCUGAAUGAUGUGGAGGGUGAACCCACUCCGCCAGACACUAAUAUCGUACAACCCACAUUCCAGAACGCCACGAAUAGUCCCGCAACAACAGCUGAAGCCAACGAAGCGAAUAAAAGAUCCGAGUUUCUUUCCUCAAUACAGAGCACGCCACUAUUGGACGACGAACAGUCAAUGAAUUCCUUCAAUAGAUUCGUGGAGGAAGAAAACUCAAGAAAAAGACGAAAAUACUUGGAUGUUGCCUCCAACGGAAUUGUACCCCAUUUAACGAAUAACGAAUCGCAGGAUCACGCGAACCCCGUCAACCGUGAUGAACGAGAUAUGAACCAUUCAGUUCCCGAUUUAGAUAGAAAUGACCAUACUAUAAUGAACGAUGCUAUGUUGAGCCUCGAAGAUAACGUCAUGGCCGCUCUAGAAAUGGUCCAAAAGGAACAACAACAGAAGAUAAAUCAUCGAGGUGAAGAUGUGACUGGCCAACAAAUCGAUUUGAACAACAGUGAAGGUAAUGAGAAUUCAGUCACUAAGAUUGUUAACAACGAAUCUAAUACAUUUACAGAGCACAAUUCUAAUAUUUAUUAUUAA